ACACAUACACACACACACACACACACACACACACAUAUGCACACACACACACACACACACACACACACACGGAGUCAUCGCUCGCUCUCACACUCACGCUCAGCUCGCAGCAGCCUGCCGGAGCUCCAGACACGUGCAUACAUACAUCUCCAGUGGUCCGCACUCCUCCGUUAUCCUGCUUCCUUCUCCUUUCCCUCACACAUACACACAGGGACACAUAUACACACACUCAAUUUCUCCCUCUCUCCCUUUUUCUCUCUCUCUCACUCACAUACACACGGACACACACAGACCCACAGCGAUGAGGCUUUAUUUCUGAACCAGCCCUCGACAGAGGAGACGUCGCAGCCGGAUCGGACUGAAGCUCGAUGGAUUACAUGUUUUCCCCCGCUCAGGAGGCAAACCUCAGCUUCUCCACGACAUCAUGAACCCGAGCUUGGGGACACGAGGACGAAAAGAGUAUUGAGUUGGAAGAACUGGAGUAAGAACAAGGAAAGGAGAGCACUAGUAAAGUCAGACUGUGAAGAUGCCAAAACGGAAAGAGGAGAUGCAGAGGGACGUGUGGACUCGGAUCUUGCUGGCGUGGAUUACCUGUGUAUGCGUCAGCUCCUCGGCACAGUUUGUCGGCCAAUCGCAAAGUUUCGAAACGAGGCCGAGUUCAGAAAGUGAGACUUCUCAGCAGGAAGGACGACGCGUCCUCCAUCGAGCCAAAAGGGGAUGGGUUUGGAAUCAAAUGUUCGUGUUGGAGGAAUUCUCUGGACCCGAUCCGAUCCUCGUUGGCAGGCUCCACACGGAUCUAGACGUGGGAAAUACGAACAUCAGGUACGUUCUGGCCGGAGAAGGAGCAGGAACGAUCUUCGCCAUCAACGAGCUGACAGGCGACAUCCACGCCAUGAAGAGGUUGGACCGCGAGGAGAAGGCGGAGUACACACUCACGGCACAGGUCAUCAACCGAGACACCAACGAGCCCCUGGAGCCUCCGUCAGAGUUCAUUAUCAAAGUGCAGGACAUCAACGACAAUCCACCGCAGUUCAUCGAGGGGCCGUACCAGGGCUCUGUGCCUGAAAUGUCGCCAGUCGGUACUUCAGUGACACGGGUCACAGCCACAGACGCUGACGAUCCGGUGUAUGGAAACAGCGCCAAACUGGUGUACAGCAUUUUGGAAGGACAGCCGUAUUUCUCCAUUGAUCAAAACACUGCAAUCAUAAAAGUCGCCCUGGCCGGGAUGGACCGGGAGAUGAGGGAGGAUUAUCUGGUGGUCAUUCAAGCUAAAGACAUGGGUGGUCACAUGGGGGGAUUAUCUGGGACCACCACAGUUACCAUAACACUGACGGACAUUAAUGACAACCCACCCAAAUUUUCAAAAGGCUCCUAUGAGUUCACCAUCUCUGAAGACCUCGGCAUCGGAAAACCCGGCGGACGAGUGAAAGCAAACGACCGAGACGUAGGAGAAAAUGCAAAAUCCACAUACAGCAUCAUAGCGGGAGAUGAGAAGGACGUGUUUGAGAUUGUGACUGACUCUCAAACUCAGGAGGGAAUCCUCACUCUGAAAAAGAUUCUGGACUUCGAGAGUAAAAACUUUUAUAACCUGACAGUGGUGGCGACCAACAACCGGGCUUCAGCAACUGGAGCCCCGUUCAUGGACCAAACUACUAUUAAAAUAGUUGUAGAGGAUGCAGAUGAGCCACCAGCCUUUACAAAGUCUACUUAUGUGUUUGAAGUGCACGAAAAUGCCGCCAUUAACACCGUCAUCGGAACUGUUACAGCCCGAGACCAGGAUGCUACUCGCAGCCUCAUCAGGUACUCGAUCGAUCGGCACACAGAUCUGGAGAGGCAGUUCAAUAUUCACGUGGAUGACGGGAAGAUCACGUUAGCCAAACCGCUAGACCGGGAAACCGAUACGUGGCACAACAUCACCGUCACGGCAACAGAAAUCCGGAACCACAGCCAAAUCUCCAGAGCCAUAGUGGCCAUCAGAGUGCUCGAUAUAAAUGACAACGCUCCUGAAUUCCCCACCGAGUACGAAGCUUUUCUUUGUGAAAAUGGAAAACCCGGUCAGGUGAUCCAGACCAUCAGCGCUAUGGACAAAGACAAUCCAGCUCAAGGACACAUGUUCCACUACAGACUGGAGAUGCUGAACAACCCAAACUUCACCAUUAAAAACAACUUAGACAAUUCUAUCAGCAUCCUGGCAAAACAUGACUCAUUUCGUCGUCAGAAACAGGAAGUGUACCUGCUGCCUAUCGUGGUGAGUGACGACGGAGAUCCGCCGAUGAGCAGCACCAACACACUAACCAUUCGAGUGUGUGGGUGCAGUAAAGAUGGCGCAGUUCAGUCAUGUAACGUCGAGGCCUUCGUCCUGCCCAUCGGCCUCAGCAUGGGGGCACUGAUCGCCAUCCUCGCCUGCAUCAUCCUGCUGCUGGUGAUCGUGGUUCUAUUCGUGACCCUGCGGCGGCACAAGAGCGAACCGCUGAUCAUUAAAGAUGAGGAGGAUGUUCGAGAAAACAUCAUCACAUACGACGAUGAGGGUGGUGGUGAGGAGGACACAGAGGCGUUUGACAUCGCCACUCUGCAAAACCCAGACGGCAUCAAUGGCUUCCUGCCUCGCAAAGACAUCAAACCCGAGCUGAGCUACAGCGUCCGUGCCGGACUCAGACCUGCAGCCAAUGGCGUCGACAUCGACGAGUUUAUUAACGUCCGGCUCCACGAAGCUGAUAAUGACCCCACGGCACCUCCAUAUGAUUCCAUCCAGAUCUACGGUUAUGAAGGUCGAGGAUCAAUGGCUGGAUCUUUGAGCUCGCUGGAAACUUCUUCAUCAGAUUCGGACCAGAAUUUCGAUUAUCUCAGAGAGUGGGGUCCGCGUUUUAGAAGACUCGGAGAGCUCUACUCAGUGGGUGAGAGCGACAAAGAAACUUGAAGCAUUACUUUUUUCACUUUCCUGACUUUUGCAUCAUGGUGCUCGCCAGAUCACGAUUAAAACAUGUCUGUUUCAAAAUGGCGGGAACCUCCUUUUAUUUGGAAAACUGUAGAUCCAAGCAUACUAGGGUUAGUCAUCCACAUCAAAGUUGGCUGAACUUUACCACCACAGUGUCUGUCAUAGGAGGUCACUGAUUCUUGUGGAGUCUUUUAGAUUCAGUGUUUUUGACUCGUCGUUUGUUCACUGUGACCACCGGAAAUGUAGGUUCUUGUUGGUCACGUAAAGAGAAAGAUGGAAAACAGUAAGAGUUUCACAGAUGUGGAUGAACGUCUGAGGCCUCCAAAUGGUUCCAAACAUCUUUGUAACAUUAUCCUGGCAAUCUGGGGAAGCAAAGGAACCUUACAAAAUCUACUCAAAAGCAAUAUAUGGUCUACUAUGUUGAAUGUAUGUGUGUGUUUAAAGGUGAGAUAAGUGUAAAAUAUUGGCUUUAAUAGAUCUUAGUUGAGAUAGCAUUUGAUACCAAGUGGCCGGAUUUCCUGAAAAGCCUCGCGGCUUGCUUUAUACAGCCCGUUUGUAUUCGCGCUCUUAGUGUAUUUCACACUCGAACAUUAGUAGCCUACAACAGACUGAAGACAAAAAGAGAAAUGUAGAAACAACGAGGCCUUCUUUUUAACAGAAGCAAACAUUAAAUACAGUUGUAUUUAAACUUUUUUGAAAACAUCAAUCGUGUUUACUUCAUUAGCGUAGUAUGAUUUAUAAAUAUAUGAAUAUUCAUUGUCUGUUUUGUGCUUCUGGUAUAAAAAUAUGGUGUCAUUUUGGUUAUUCUUUUUUUUUCUGCUUUGUUUCAUUUGUCACUGCGAUGCUCUUUCUGUAAUCACUAAUGUCAGAAAUUCUGUACUGCAGUCCAUGCAGAGGUCAUCAACGAUCCUGUUUACACCUGGUCAUUUCAUGCCUCUUGUUUAGAAAAUCAU